AUGGACGGCAGCCCAGAGUUUAAACCAGCGAAAAGCAGCAGCAGUGGUGUAUCAACCUGCCUUUCAUCUCCUGUCGUUGCAGCUCUUUGUCGUGGGCGUGUGGUGAGAGUCCCUGCGGGAACCCUUGUCCGAGUGGUAGGCACUGAGCUGGUCAUCCCCUGCAAUGUCAGCGACUACGAUGGCCCCAGCGAACAGAACUUUGACUGGAGCUUCUCCUCUUCGGGGAGCAGCUUCGUGGAGCUUGCGAGCACCUGGGAGGCGAGCUUCCCGGCCCAGCUGUACCAGGAACGGCUGCAGAGGGGCGAAAUCCUGUUAAGGCGAACUGCCAACGAUGCUGUGGAGCUGCACAUAAAGAAUGUGCAGUCCUCGGACCAAGGCCACUACAAGUGUUCAACCCCCAGCACAGACGCCACUGUCCAGGGCAACUACGAGGACACAGUGCAGGUUAAAGUGCUGGCCGACGCCCUGCACGUGGGCCCCAGCGCGCGGCCGCCGCCCAGCCUGAGCCUGCGGGAGGGAGAGCCCUUCGAGGUGCGCUGCGCCGCCUCCACCAACUCGCCGCUGCACACGCACCUGGCGCUGCUGUGGGAGCUGCACCGCGGGCCCGCACGCAGGGCCGUGCUCGCCCUCACCCACGAGGGCAGGUUCCGCCCGGGCCCCGGCUACGAGCAGCGCUACCACAGCGGGGAAGUGCGCCUGGACACGGCGGGCAGCGACGCCUUCCGCCUCUCUGUGGCCCACGCGCUGUCCGCGGACCAGGGCUCCUACAGGUGCGUGGUGAGCGAGUGGAUCGCAGAGCAGGGCUACUGGCAAGAGAUCCAAGAAAAGGCCGUGGAAGUCGCCACCGUGGUGAUCCAGCCAACAGUUCUGCGAGUAGCUGUGGCCAACAAUGUGUCCGUGGCUGAAGGGAAGGAGCUCGACCUGCCCUGCAACAUCACCACAGACCGAGUGGACGACGUCCGGCCUGAGCUGACGUGGUACUUCAGCAGGACUCCUGACAGCACCUUGCCUGCCCGCCACAUGUUGGCACGGCUGGACCGUGACUCCCUGGUGCACAGCUCACCUCACAUCGCUCUGAGUCACGUGGAUACACGCUCCUACCACUUACUGGUUCGAGAUGUUAGCAAAGAAAACGCAGGCUACUACUUCUGCCACGUGGCGCUCUGGACACCAGGACACAACCGGAGCUGGCACAAGGUGGCAGAGGCCAUGUCUGCCCCAGCCAGAGUGGGUGUGACAUGGCUAGAACCAGACUAUCAGGUGUACCUGAACGCUUCUAAGGUCCCUGGGUUUUCAGACGAUCCCACUGAACUGGAAUGCUGGGUAGUGGACAUGAAGAACAGCGAGGCAAGUGUCCGAUUUACCGUGUCAUGGUACUACAGAAUGAACCGGCGCAGUGACAGUGUGGUGACUAGUGAGCUCCUUGCAGUCAUGGAUGGGGACUGGACCCUGAGAUACGGAGAGAAGAGCAAGCAACGGGCCCAGGACGGAGAGUUUAUUUUUUCUAAGCAGCACACAGACACAUUCAGUUUCCGGAUCCAAAGGACUACAGAGGCGGACAGAGGCAGUUACUACUGUGUGGUGUCCGCGUGGACCAAACAGCGGAACAGCAGCUGGGUGAAGAGCAAGGACGUUGUCUCCAGACCUGUCAGUAUAUUUUGGGCAUCAGAAGAUUCUGUGCUCGUGGUGAAGGCAAGGCAGCCUAAGCCUGUCUUUGCUCCAGGGAAUACGUUUGAGAUGACUUGCAAAGUAUCUUCCAAGAAUAUUAAGUCCCCGCGCUACUCUGUUCUUAUCACUUCGGAGAAGCCUGUCGGGGACUUCUCCAGUCCCAAUGAAACGAAGUCCAUCAUCUCCCUGGACCAGGAUGCUGUAGUGAAGCUGGAGAAUUGGACAGAUGCUUCACGACUGGAUGGUGUUGUGUUAGAGAAAGUCCAGGAGGAUGAAUUUCGUUAUCGAAUGUACCAAACUCAGGUCUCAGAUGCGGGGCUAUAUCGCUGCAUGGUGACAGCCUGGUCGCCUGUCAGGGGCAGCGUGUGGCGGGAAGCAGCAACCAGUCUCUCCAAUCCUAUUGAGAUCGACUUCCAGACCUCAGGUCCCAUAUUUAAUGCCUCUGUGCAUUCGGACACACCGUCGGUCACCCGGGGAGAUCUGAUCAAAUUGGUCUGUAAUAUCACUGUCGAAGGAGCGCUGGAUCCAGAUAACAUGGCCUUUGAUGUGAGCUGGUUUGCGGUGCACUCCUUUGGUUUGGACAAGGCUCCUGCCCUCCUGUCCUCCUUGGAUCGGAAGGGGAUCGUGACCACGGGCCGCAGGGACUGGAAGAGCGACCUCAGCCUGGAGCGUGUGAGUGGGCUGGAAUUUCUGCUGCAAGUACAUGGCUCCGAGGACCAGGACUUUGGCAACUAUUAUUGUGCCGUCACUCCGUGGGUGAAAUCCCCGACAGGCUCCUGGCAGAAGGAGGCAGAGAUCCUCUCUAAGCCCAUCUUUAUAACUGUGAAGAUGGAUGUGCUGAACGCCUUCAAGUAUCCCCUGCUGAUCGGUGUGGGUCUGUCCACGGUCAUCGGGCUCCUGUCCUGCCUCAUUGGAUACUGCAGCUCACACUGGUGCUGUAAGAAGGAGGUGCAGGAGACGCGGCGGGAGCGCCGGCGGCUCAUGUCGAUGGAGAUGGACUAGGCGGUGGCCACCAGGGAGGGACAGAAGGACGCUCUGGGACAGUGGGGGUGAGAAGAGGACAGUGAUACUUUCAAAGGAAGUGUGUUACACUAAAACCAGUCCUCUCUAAUCUCAGGUGGGACUUGGCGCUCACUCUUUUCUGCAUGUCAAGUUCUGAGCGCGGACAUGUUUACCAGCACACAGCUCUUCAUCCCACGGCACUUUCUGAUAUAUAACAAUCGAGUGUGUGUUUUCCCAACUGCAGCUUUUUAACGGUUAACCCUCGUCUGAUUCUUUUCUCCUACUGGCUUAGAGAUCCUCUGACUUGUGUGUGUAGGUCACUUUUGUUGCGAGGGCUUGUGGUGAGGAAGGGGCAAUGGCGUUCAGAGUUCUUUAUCUUAGGUGAGAUUGUGCCCGCCCGUAGUAGGGGCUCAUCUGGGGAGGGCUGCUGUGACUCUACCGCAGCCGAGAGGUGACACAGACCUGUGCCGAAGGCUAGUUUGUGGUUUUUUACGACCCUGCUCCCUCCCCUAUUUCCAGAGUUUAGACCGUAUUUAAAAUCUAAACCUGGAGUAUGUAACUUCUCAUUGAGCCCAAAUGCAUUUUUUUUCUUCUCUGCCCCUCUUCCAUUUCUUUUGUUUGUUUGGUUUUUUUUUUUUUUUCCGGUACCGGGAA